AUGGCUAUGCACAGUAGUGGAGACUCAUGUCUAGGAGACCUUAGAGACUUACAAGAAAAACAACUUCUGAACCACACUGCUGAGAGGGAGAAAACAAAAUUCUCCAGGAAAGGCAAGCAUGAUGGAGACUCAUCUGAGUUCAAGUCUCAGAAGAAACUUCAGGUGGCCAUUUGCCUGCUGUUGAUGGAGCUGUGUGAGAGGUUCACUUUCUUUGGUAUUGUCUGCAACAUGAUUCUCUUUUGCACUAUCAAACUUGGCUAUCUCAACUACCAAGCAGCCAUCAUAAACCUGUGCUUUGUAGGUGCCUCCAUGUUAUCACCUGUGUUUAUGGGCUGGCUUGCUGAACAUCUGAUGGGGAGGAUCAAGCUGGUAUAUAUCUGCAUAUUUCUCCACUUUCUAGGUACAGCCGUACUACCUGUUGUUGCCUUCCCCUUUGAAGAUUUUUAUAUAGACAGACACUAUUUUAUUCACCCACUAGCCAAAAAGGAGCAGAAAAUACUCUUCUACUUUGGGCUAAUAACAGCCUGCUUUGGAUCAGGAGGCAUAAGAGCUGUAGUUUGUCCACUGAGUGCUUACAACCUUGAGGAUUUUGAACCAAAGGAACUUCUUUCUUUUUUCAGUUGGUUUUAUUGGCUGGUUAACUUAAAUUCAGCAGUUGUCUUUGUUAGCAUUUCUUAUAUCCAGCAAUCUGUGGCCAAGAACCUUGGUUUUCUUAUCCCAUUUGUGUCUGUGCUUAUGGCCCUAAUCACAAUUCACAUGGUGCGCAGUGAAAUGAUUUACCAGCCCAAAAAAGGUAGUUCCCAGCUGACCACCUUUGGGGUAGUUGCUAAUGCACUGAAAAUGUGCUGUGUGAGAUACCGCCACCUUAGUGGAGAUGUGCCAAGCUGGUUAGAUCAUGCCAAGGAAAACUAUGGUGGCUGGUACAGUGAGACUCAUGUGGAAAACACUAAGUUGCUUGUCAGGCUCUUUCCGCUCUUUGCAUUUCAAAUUCUAUAUAGAAUGUGCAUCAUGCAGAUUCCUUCAGGAUAUUAUCUCCAGACCAUGAAUUCCAAUUUGAAUUUGAAUGGAUUUCUCUUGCCAAUUGCAGCAAUGAAUGUGAUAAGCAUCAUACCCUUAUUAAUUCUUGCUCCUGUUUUGGAAUGCAUCAACACUCAUCUAUUGAGUUCCAAGAGAGACAGACGCUCUCCAACAGUUUACAUUAUAACUGAGGAUGUAAAACAGCUGCUGCUAAUGCUAGACGUUUUAAAAUCAGCAGAUCAAGAUAACUUGUAUCCAGGACUUUUAAAAGAGCUGUCUGAGAAGCUUUCUGGGCCAUUAGUGAUGAUUUUCAAUAACUUUUUGAAUACUAUAGAAGUUCCAGAGGAUUGGAAGAAAGCUGAUUUUCCAAUAUUGAAAAAGGUUGUAGGUCAUUUUUCUGCGGCUCUGUCUGUAAUGGUUGCUGGCUUUUCUGAAAUACACAGGAAACACUUCUCUCAGAUGGAACAGACUCUGUCAGGCAAGGUGCUUCCAGUUUCCUCCAUGCCUUGUUUUCAUCUGGCUCCUCAGUACAUUUUACUUGGAGUGGCUGAAGCUUUGGUAACUCCCACCUGUUCCUUACUAACAUUCAGGCUUGUGCCAGGCAGAAUUCGAGGGAUCGCAAUGCACUUUUUGACCGUCUUCAACGGAGCUGGUUGUUUUAUGGGAGCCUUUAUUGUUCAGACAACAUACAUAGGCUCUCAAGGCAAUUGGUUCCCAAACUUCCUAAAUGAGGGUAACUUGGAGAAAUUCUACUUCUUCUUGGCUUCAUUAAUGGUGGUGAACACCUUGGGGUUCUGGACCAUUUCACAUAGAUACAGCAAUCUGAAUCAAGAAUAUGACCAAGGGUUCAGAGGAAGCAUCCUUGACAAGAAACUUCUGCAGCAUGAAAAUUCUCCCAAGUUUUAUGACAGUGUCCUAGAAUAUUCUUCCACUUUGUCUCCUAUGGAGACAACCCUAUAA